AUGGCACUUGGUAUGGAAAAGAAUCCAAUGCUUGCAAUAUCAAUUGACAUGCAACAAAAAUCUCAACGACCCCCACAUGUUAAUAAUAAUGAUGAUGUUGAUAAUCUUGAAGAAAUUAAUAAUGAUGAUGAUAAUGAUGAUGAUAAUGUUGAUUAUGAGAUAUUUUAUCCAAGAAAUUGGGAUCGUCUUCAACCUAAAAUGGUUGAUUUAUUAGUUGCGAAAGGUCCUAAAAGAGAUAAUUCUAUUGUGAAGGGUCCUAGAGAUAGUUUGAAUAGACACUUUAUGGCUAAUUUGUAUACUAGAGUUUUAGCAAAUGAAGAGAUGGGACAAUUAACAAAUGAGGUUUAUAGUGAUUGGGUACAUGUUGGUGCAAGAAUUAAAGAGCACGAGUUAGGUAUGGAACAUGUUAAAAAUAUGACUAUUUGGUAUGAGUAUCGUCAAAGGCUGCAAAAAUUUCAAACUAUUGAUAAAGCGACUCAAAGAUUAAUUGAGAAAGAAAAGGAACAGUGGAAAAAUGUUUUAAAAAGAGUUAUUUCAAUAGUGAAGUUUCUUGCUAAACAUAAUUUGGCCUUUCGUGGUUCUAAGGAGAAAUUGUACGAAGAUAGCAAUGGCAAAUUUUUGGGUUUGAUUGAAAUGUUAGUUGAAUUUGACACAAUCAUCCAAGAACAUGUUAGACGUGUUGCAACUCAAAAAGUUCACAUUCAUUAUCUUGGGCAUAAAAUACAAAAUGAGUUGAUUUCAUUGCUUGGUUCUGCGAUUAAAAUUGAAAUCAUUAGAAAAAUUAAACAGGCAAAGUAUUUCUCAGUGAUACUUGAUUGUACUCCUGAUAUUAGUCACCAAGAGCAGAUGUCUUUGAUAAUAAGAUAUGUGGAUAUUUCUUCAACUUCUAUUAGUAUUGAGGAAUCAUUUUUAGGAUUUUUGAAUGUGAAUGAUACAACUGGUCAAAGGCUUUUUGAUGUUUUACAAAAUGAAUUGAAAAAACUUGGUCUCGACCUAUUUGAUGUGAGAGGGCAAGGUUAUGAUAAUGGGUCAAAUAUGAAAGGAAAAUAUCAAGGUGUACAAAAGAGAUUUUUAGACAUGAAUCCGAGAGCCUUUUAUACUCCUUGUGGUUGUCAUAGUCUUAAUUUGACAUUGUGUGAUAUGGCUAACUCUUGUAAUAAAGCUAGGAAUUUUUUUGGAGUUAUUCAACGCAUUUAUACAAUUUUUGCCAAUUCUACUAAGAGAUUGAAAAUUUUGAAGGAUACAAAAAUCAUUGUCAUCCACUCGUUGGGAGAGUCGUGUAGAAAGUGUCAAAGCUAUAAGAACUCAAAUGAAAAAGAUAUGCUUAUUGAUGUUGCUAUGAAAAACAUAAAGGGGUUGAUUUCAUAUUUUGAGGAAUAUAGAGAAACGGGUUUUUAUAAGGCAUUGGUUAAUGCUAAGGAAAUUGCGAUGAAAUUGAAUAUUGCCCCAACAUUUUCUCAAAGGCGUAUAAUUAAAAGAAAAAGACAAUUUAAUGAGAAUUUGAAUAUUCCAGAAGUCGAGCUAUCAGAAGAAGAAUCUUUCAGAGUUAAUUAUUUUCUUUACCUUGUUGAUCAAGUUGUUGUUUCUCUUAAUAAGAGAUUUGAGCAAUACCAAGAGUAUGAAAGUAUUUUUGAUUUUUUGUUUACUUCUCACAAAUUACAAUCAUUGGAUGAUGCAACUUUGAAGUCUUGUUGUAGUAACUUUGAACAGGUAUUGAAACAUAAUGAGCAAUCUGAUAUUGACGGGAAUGAAUUUUUUGCAGAGUUGAAGUUACUAAGAGAAAUGUUGCCUGAAGAAACCAUAAGACCUACUAAUAUAUUAUUAUUUUUGAAAGUCUUAGAUUGUUUUCCUAAUACAGUUAUUGCAUAUAGAAUUUUAUUGACUAUUCCUGUAACAGUUGCUUCUGCAGAAAGAAGUUUUUCAAAAUUGAAGUUGUUAAAGAAUUACUUGCGGUCUACCAUGUCACAGGAAAGGCUUAAUGAAUUGGCAUUAAUAACAGCGAAAAAUGAUAUUUUGGAGACAAUAAAAUAUGAAGACUUAGUUAACGAAUUUGCUUCAAAAAGUGUUCGUAGGAAAGCUCUUUUUAAAUAG